UAAAAUUCUCAAAGAAAAAAAGAAAAAGAAAAAAGCAGCGAAAGAGAGAAAGAUGGAGGCACCAAAGACAAUUCAGCACGAAAUUGGGGGAGUUCAGAACGACGCUCUUCGGUUCGGUCUUCACGGCGUUAAGAGCGACCUUAUCGGAUCUCACCCUCUCCAAUCUGCUUAUGAAUCUGCGAAGAAAAGGCAGGAGGAGAUGAAGAGGAAAGUCCUGGUCAAUACUUAUGGAACAGCAUUUCCACUUAAGAUGGAUCUCGAUAGGCAAAUUCUCUCGCGGUUCCAGAGGCCAUUACUCCCAUCUUCAAUGCUAGGGUUGGAAGCAAUGACAGGAAGCUUAGAUGAAUUUGGCUUAGAGGAUUAUCUGAAUGAUCCUCGAGAGUCGGAAACUGUACGGCCAUUGGACUUGCACCAUGGCAUGGAAAUCCGUCUCGGCCUAUCCAAGGGACCGGUCUGCCCUAGUUUUAUGUGAACUUAACAUGCUCAACUUCUGCUUGUCUUCCCUUUUAUCUUAAUGAAUUUAGCCGUUCUGCGUCUGCCCCUUGUAAACUGCUUUUUAUUGUGUUUGGGAGUGUUUGCUUGAAAUUUAUAAACUAUACAUUUACUUGAAAAAUUUAUUAGAAAUAUAAAAUAU